ACAGCGUCCAGUCUACCGGAAACUCACACGAAGAAGUCAACAGAAAGUGAACAGUGACUAAGAACAAUUUCCAUUUGAGCGUUUUCAUUGUUAUUUGGACGUUUAAUAACACCCUGGAACUCAAUAGAUGACUCAUUUACCUGCACAGCACCACAUACUUGCAGCGUGUAGUGUUUAAUACGCGCUGGAGACUGGACUUGUUUGAUAGAUGUUUUCUAGGUAACGCUAACAAUGGCUAACUGUAUGGUUUUUCACACUCAAAUGGCCUCCAUCAUGGAGGUGCUAGCGAAUGCAGCUGUAGCAGAGAUCUGUAAACUCGUAGACGACGACUAUGCAGUGUUUCGUUUGGAAAUAACUCAAAGCCAGAAAGAAAACAGGGGAUUGCGAAGGAAACUACAACUACUGGAAAUUAAAGUGGCACGGGAGCGCGCAGAGAGGACAAUGAGAGAGCGCGUCCUCGCCAGUCGUCCCAGUAGUGUCAAGAUCCUCGACCGACACAAGGGAAUGGCAAGAGGUGAAGGACAUCUCACUGGAGGCUACAGGAGCUCUGUGAAGCCAGCAGGACACAAUACAUGGAGAGAUGACCAACCAAUCACUGUUGAUUUGGGGAGUGGAACCUCAACCCAGCAUGUUAUCAUGCUAGAGUCUGCAGACGCAGAGGCUGCAGGUCCUGGAGUCAAGCAGGAGAGGUCUGAAGGAGAGGAGGACACACAGCACAGCAGAGACAUCCAGGCUGGAGCGCCCCCUGUAAGCACAGAGGAACCCACCACUGUCCCAGCACAGUCCAAAACCCGACGCAGCAUCACGGAGGAGGAUGAGGGUCCAGAGGUGCUGCUGGUGAAGGAUGAGGGUUGGGGGAACCCUGAGGGGACCAUGGUCAUAGAGGACAACCAGACUGCACCACCUUCUGAAACCACAGAGGAACCAGCUGAGCAGCACAGGACCGCACACAGUCUCCCUGAGCCAGUAGACAUGGAGGAUGGGAAGCCUGAUCUGCUGCAGGUCAAAGAGGAGACAAUAGAGGACGGACGAAAGAGCACUGACCUGCUGAGUGGACUAAAGAUGGGGGAGCAAGGUGGUUGGCUGGAGGCUAACAGAGGAGACUGGGCAGCCAUCAUGGAUACCCAGACUCAGACGGGUGCAGCCAAGGGCCCAGGGGACAACAUCACUGAUCAGGCCAGGACCAGAGAUGACAUAUUGGAGUCUGCAGUCCAUGAAGACCUGCUUAUAUCCAGUGUUACUGGUAGGAGAGAGUGGACCUCUGAAGCUGCUGAUCACAUACCCUGGCCCCGGAUCAGAACCAUGGAUCAGGAGCCUUCAGUCUUCCUUCCUGAGUUGGAACAAGGACCCAACCAAGAAGGACAGAGACUCCUCCACCACCACACAGAACACAACCAGUGGACAAGUGGAUUGAACAACCUCAGUCCUGGUGGUCAUCAGAGAGACCGAGGCUCCAGUCAGGGAUCCAGUCUGCAGCCCAGACCCUUUUCUUCACAGUCUCAGUGCGGGGAUGAAACCGGGCCUUGGGCUGAUAGAGAUAGACCCUCCUGUUCCUAUGAUACAAACACCACAGUAUCCAUGAUGAACAGAGCAGGUUACCCUGGGUUUCAACCUUCACAGAGAGUGACAGGAGACCAGAGUCUAACAGGAAGUCUGUCUUCUCCUUCAGGGUCUUAUCUAAUGCCUCGUGACUGGGUUCAUAGAAGGCCUGAACCUGUGUCUAGUCUUCCUCAGUUACCUUCUGGUUACCCCACCAAUACAGACAGGGUCAGGAUGGGCGAUCACAACAAGAGGUAUCUAGCCUAUAACACAGAACACAAUUCCAACAACACCCCGACAAUGGCUAGAGGUCAAGGAAGGAGUUCAAAGAUUAACCACCUGAGGGUGGUGGCUUCUGCUUCUACCUCCUCUGGCGUCAUUGGGUCACAACGUGGGAGGCCGAGCAUUAAGGCGGACGCCGACAAGCUGUACAUCUGCCCAACGUGUGGGAAGCGCUUUGCUAAAGCAAACUAUGUGAAGGAGCACCAGACCAUUCACACCAAGGAGAGGCCCUUCAAGUGUAAGCUGUGUUACAAGAGCUUCUCCUUUCUGAGUAACCUUAUCAGACAUAGGAGUGUCCACAAUGGAGAGAAGCCCUUCAGCUGUACCCAGUGUCACAUGCGCUUUGCCCAUGCUGGCAACCUGAAGAGGCACCAGAAGGUCCACACGGUAGAAAGUAAACAGCUGACCCCAGUGUGAGAAGAGGUUCUCCCACCAGCACCAGCUGAAGAUGUACUUGAAGGUCCACACAGGAGAAAGGCCAUUCACCUGUACACACUGCAAGAUGUUCUCAGAGAGGAGCUAACUCAGGAUACACCAGCAGAAAAUGCACACAGCCCAUGUAUAGAGUAUAGUGCAUGUAAUGUAGUAAUAGUUAGUUUGUAGUUAAUUCUGUUGGUUUUGGAUGUAGUAGGGAACUGGAUGAGGUGUCAAGAGGGAAGGACGAUUAUGAUGAGGUAGAGUAGAUGAUAUGAUGUUUUUGGUGUGAAGGUGUCUGUAAAAAUGCUUUCCUGAUGAAGAGUGAAACUGGCCCUUUAGGUUGAUACUUGUGUUUUAUAGUGAGGAAAUGAUAGUGCCUUAAUUCAUGUUUACCUACUUUUAUUUACAGUUUAGUCAUUUAGAAGACACUCCUAUCUAGAGCGACUUACAGGAGCAAUUAGGGUUAAGUGCCUUGAUGAAGGUCUCAUCAACAGAUUUCUCACCUAGUCGUCAUGGAGACUUGAACCAGUGACUUUUGUUCUUAACUGCUAGGCUACCUGCCAGCUACUUGACAUAUAGUAGGGAAGAUAUGGACCAAACUUGUUUUUGCGUGGAUUCCGAGACGCAGUUAGCUUUUAACAGCUAGGAAACACCGCUAACCAAACAACAGUGCUAGGUGGCUGUACUACAAAAACACCGGUCAUCGUCGUGGGAAAGACGCAUUGUUAAAAACUUUUUGUAAACAACUGGUUGCAGUAAAGAGCCAACCUGGAUACUAAGGAGAUCCUGAGGGGAAUCGACGAGUAUCAACAGCUUUAUGCUAUGGAGGAACAACAUACUCCAUGGAAAGAUCCAGCUACCUCACAAAAUAACCCCCCCCCUCACCACAAAAAAAGAGAUUAAUCUACCGUUUAAGUAGAGGCUAGUGCUCUGGCUGGAAUCCAUGCAACACUGGAAAAGUUGUAUGAGGAAGUAGCAGGGCUGAGGGGGGAGUUUGGAGUUUAGCCAGAGUAAAAUGUUGAUGAACAAGACACUCACAGCCAAGGUAAAAAUCCACAAUUCCAACAUGGAUUGUCAACUUAGGAAAAACAGAGUGAUGAGGGAGUCGCUCCUAGACCUACAAAGUCAUAGCAUGCAUGAAAAUCUAAUAUUUUCUCGGAUUCCUGAGGACGCAUCCAAUAAUCCAGAGGGCGCGAUCAGAUAAUUCAUGCAGUCCGCCUUGAAACUUCCUCUAGAGACUGUAAACAAGGUGUCUUUCCACCGAGUACACAGACUUGGUGCUCAGAGUGACAAGACCAAGGGUCCCUGACAGAUCAUCGCGAAAUGUGAACACUACCAACAAAAGGAGCUGAUCAAAAGCAGGGGAAGGGAGGUUAAAGGGACCAAAUUCGGUCUUAUUGACCAAUUUCCAUGUGAGAUAAACGAACGUCGCAAGAGGCUGUAUCCUGUACAGAGGCAACAGAGGGAGAGGGGUAAGCGUGCCUUUCUCAAUGUGGACAAUCUCUUUAUAGAUGGACAGUUAUUCGAGACAGCUCCAUAACACCAUGGCUGUACUAAAUUCUACAGGGACUUCAGGUUACAAAAAAAGAAAGUAUAGGAACUGUAAAAAUAUCUUAGCACUAUAAAGUGGAUAUGAACACACGUACUCAAUUACAUGCUCGCUUACACAUACGGACUUAUACAUACACACUUGAUCUCGCUCUCUUCUCUCACUCUUCUCUUUUCUCCCACUCUCCCUCUAUUGUCAAACUGUUCUAUAAUUUAAUGCUUCUUGUUUGGCUAUCUUUUCUAUAUCUUUGUCUACACAUUUACAACAAGCAAGGGGAAGAUAUCAGAAUAGGAUCAUUGGGGAAUAAUAACAUAUUGUACGGGAUACAUUUGUACUGUAGUGAAGCCGCCUAUAGUAAUGCAAGGUCUCUUUCAAAACCAUGUGAAACGUCAAUUGCUAUGGAAAUGCUGGGAUGUGUUUUCAAUGAUGGUAAAGGUAAUUAUGAUACAAUAUGGAUUGCAAUUAUCAUCAUGAAUAUUGUUAGGUUCUAAUUCUCAGAGUAAAAAACUCAAUGGACAUUUAUGAAAGCUUAACCAAGUUUAUUCUGCUCAAAGGGUCAGUACAGCUGCAUCAGACAAAAACAUUUUCCACCACCACAAGUAUAUAUACUCCAAUUUAGGCACUCCCCCCUUCUCACCAAUCCUUACAUAUUUUAUGGUUAGACAGGAAGACGAAGUGAUAGGAUAACAAACCAUUGUUUCUCCCUUAAGGGAAUCUGACCUGACCUCAACCUACUUGACACCUUAUCCAAAGAUCUCUACCUUUCUCCCCUAACACAUUCCAAAGCCAUCUGGCUCCUACAGAUGACCAUUAACUUCUGAUGUAAAAAUCAGUCUCUUUCAAUCCUUAGAUACUAUACUUCUGAGUAUAACAAUGUUCCAAGUUUAACCCAGAAUCAAACAAUAUUAAGGCUAUACGCACUACAUGUUACACACAUAGACAACCAUGCAAAUUGGCAGGGUUAUUUAUUUGGACAUCACACAUUAUAGUUUUAAUCUUAUACAGACAUUGUACACACACUCACUAAAUCACAUCAAAUAUUAUACAUCAACCUACUCAGAUUUACUACACACAUAAUAACUUGUCUCAAUUUUCUAACAUCUGUGGCAUUGGCUCACAGGCAAACAGGCAACUGAAUAAAACACAUUUCUAGAACCUAUUUCUUGAAUUCUAAAUAUCAGACUUGAAAGCUCUAAUUUUGACCGUCAUAAUAACUCUGAUGGCAGUAACUUUACAAGCACUAAUUAUGGUCAAUUUAGACUGAGUAUAAUAUCCAGUUAUGGUAAGGGGUGAAAUAAGUAUAGCCAGUUAUAAUUGUAACAGAUAAUUAAAAAAAUAUCAGUCUUUACAUGGCUAAAAAAAGGAAUAUAACAUAUACUAUUUACAGGAAACUCACUCUACAUCCUAAGAUGAAGUUGUGUGGAAAAAGGAAUGUGGUGGUGAAAUAAUAUUCUGUCAUGGACAAAGGAACUCAAAAGGUGCGAUGAUAUUAAUUAACAAAAACUUUGAUCUGAAUGUGCAAGUAGUCAGGAAUGAUUCUCAAGGAAGGUGGAUCUUUUUGAAUAUGAAAGUGGACGAAAAAGAGAUUUGGCUCAUUAAUCUAUAUAGUCCAAAUCAGGAUGAUCCAUACUUCUUUGAAAAUAUUUAUACCAAUUUAUUUAAUUUACAGGCAACAAAUGAUCAAAUCAUUAUGGUGGGAGCCAAUAACACAGUAUUAAGUACCUCAAUGGACCGUAAAGGAAAUCACUCUACAAACUAUCAUCACCGUGCCCUUAAAGAAAUGACAAAUAUUAUGGACACAUUAGAAAUGGUGGAUAUUUGGAGACUAAAAAAUCCCGACCUAGUGAGAAAUACAUGGAGGAGACUUAAUCAAGCUAGUCGUCUAGACUACUUUGUCUCUUUCACUCUUGCAUCAAAGGUUAAAAAAGUUUUAACAGGAGACAGAAUACGAUCGUAUCAUCAUCUAAUUGGCCUUCACAUAACUCUUAUAGAAUUUCCACGUGGAUGGGGAUAUUGUUUACUGGAGGACAACUUAUUUUUAACUAAGACAAAAUAAUUUCUAACUUAAUUUUUCCAGUAUAAUGUAGGUUCAGCAAAUCCCCUUAUUGUUUGGGAUACCUUUAAAAUGUACCUUCAGAGGUCAUUCAAUAUUCAUCAAUAAUAAAAAGGUAGUUUCUACAAGGACUAACAAGGGAAAUAGAUGAACUAAUAGUACAGGUAGAUAGCAAUCAAAACGAUACUACAGAGAUACAAAAUAAGUUAAGAGAAAAAACAAAAAGAUCUAGAGGGACUUAUUCAAGAACGAUCUAAUGUAAUCUAUUACAAAAAUAAGGAGUUAAACAAGGGUGUCUGCUGUAUCUAUUCAUUAUGGCCAUCGAAAUGGCUGGGGGCAGUAUUGAGUAGCUUGGAUGAAUAAGGU